AGCAAAUCAAAAUCAAAACAAAAACGAAAAUCAGUUUACUUAAAUAAAGGCGCGUUUUAAUUCGUAAACAAGUUUAGUUAGGACGAAGGAAAUGUUUCUAAUUAACAUAAAGGAUUGGUAACUCUAUUUUAUAUUCAAGGUGGACAUUAUCCUGACCUGAUUGUGUUUGUGUACACAAAAUUCACGUGGAGCAAACAUCUGAUUCAAAAUUGUUGAUAAUGGGUGCUUCGAAAAAAGGAGACCUAAAAACGGGCAAAAAAUCUUCAAAGCCUUUAAAAGGCAAAACGAGUUCAAAAGGAGAAAGAAGUUCAUCUAUAAAAACAAAAAGUAAAAUAGAAAAAAAGAAUCUUACAGAUGUAAAUGUUGAACAAAAUAUGAAAGAUGCAUCGCAAAAAAAUAGUUCAGUUAAGAAAACAGAAAUGAACAACAUAACAACCAAAAAGAGACGUUCCGCUAAGGAUAAUGCCUGUGAUAUGGCCACAAAAAAACCAAGAAUCGAUGGAGAUAUAAUUCAUAGCGAAGAAAUUCAGUUUGCUAAAAACUUAAUUGGAAAGCAAGGAACUCCUGCUUAUAACGAGUUCCUCGAUUAUUUAAUUGAAGAAAAAAGUCUACAAAUUCUGAAAGAAAAUGGAGUUAGGACAGCAAGUAUGUCUAGCAUUCUUGAUAAAUCUUAUACCAAUGCCUGCAGAUCCUUUAAAGAUCUGUAUAAUCUGUGGCUGGAUGGAAAUGGAGAUAAAACACAUUAUAUAACAACUUUGGAACAUCAAGGCAUCAAUCUGUCGAAUAUGUCCAGUAUUUUAAGUGGUUCAGGAUCAAAUGCUUCCAAAUCUUUUAAAGAUCUGUAUGAUCUGUGGUUUGACCAUACAGGAAAUAAAACAAUAUAUCUGAAAGCGCUGGAAGACGAAGGUAUUAACCUUCAGAACAUGUCUAGUAUCCUCAGUAAAGCAGGACCAAAUUCAGCGACAGCUUUCAGGGAUCUUUACGACCUUUGGUUCGACGAACAAGGAAACAAAACGACAUAUUUGAAAACUUUAGAGAAGGAAGGAGUUAACCUACCCAACAUGUCUAGUAUCUUGAAUGGGGCAGGAUCAAAAGCAGUCACAGCGUUUAAGGACUUGUAUAAUCUCUGGUUUGAUGAUCAGGGCACUAAAACGACAUACAUGAAAACCUUAGAAAAAGAAGGCAUAAAUCUGUCCAAUUUGUCUGGAAUUUUGAGCAAGGCUAAGAGUAAUGCUGCAAAAGCAUUUAAAGACUUGUACAACACCUGGUUCGAUAAGCAAGGCAACAAAACGAUGUAUCUGAAAACUCUAGAAGAACAAGGAAUCAAUUUAAGAAACGUAUCCAGUAUCCUGGGAGGAGCAGGUGCCAAUGCCACCAAGGCUUUUAAGGAAUUAUAUGAUCUGUGGUUCGAUAAGCGCGGCAAAAAAACGAAACUAUUAAUAACCCUCGAGGGCAAAGGUAUUAAAUUGCCAAACAUAUCCAGUAUUUUACACAGGGCUGGUUCAAACGCUGCCAACUCAUUCAAGGAUUUAUAUGACCUGUGGUUUGAUCAUCGCGGAGAGAGAACCCAAUGCCUGAAAACAUUAGAAAGGGAAGACAUAAGUCUGGUCAGCAUAUCCGACAUUCUACACGGAUCUGGAUCUAGUGCCUUCAAAGCAUUCAGAGAGUUGUAUGAGUUGCUGUUUGACGCCCAAGGAAAUAGAACCCAGUUUUUAAGAACUCUAGAAAAUGAAGAAGUACAUCUAGCCAAUAUAUCAAGUAUUCUAAGUGGAUCAGGAUCAAAUGCAGCCAAAGCCUUCAAAGACCUAUACCACUUGUGGUUUGACGAAGAUGGGAAGAAAGCUAAAUAUUUAAAAAGUCUGGAAAUGGAGGGAGUAAACCUAGCCAACAUGUCAAGUAUCUUAAGUAAAUCAGGGUCCAAUGCUCCAAAGGCUUUUAAAAACCUGUAUAGCAUUUGGUUUGAUGAAAGUGGCAAGAAGACUAAGCAACUGAAGGCAAUUGAAAACGAAGGUGUAAACAUUGCUAACAUAUCAAGUAUACUACAUGGUGGCGGAUUGAAUGCUUCUAAGGCAUUUAAAGAGUUAUAUGACCUUUGGUUCGACGAAGAGGGAAAGAAAACCCAGUACCUAAAAACACUUGAGAAGAAAGGAGUAAAUCUAACUAAUAUGUCAAGUAUUCUGAGUGGAGCAGGAGUCAACGCCCCCAAGUCCUUCAAAGAUUUAUAUGAUGCCUUUUUUGAUGGGCGAGGAAAGAAAAAACGAAAUUUAAAGCAUUUUAUCAAGGGAAAAGGGGAAGACCAUUUUACAAUGCACAAUAUAUCCGGUAUUUUGAGUGGUUCGGGGGCCAAAGCUGUAGAUGCUUUUAAUGAAUUCCACGAUGUUUGCUUUAAUAGUGAAGGAAAGAGAACCAAUCUAUUGAAUGACUUUUAUAAUAUUGGCUUUACACCAAGUAACUUAUCCUCCAUAUUAUGUAGGGGCGGCAUUCGUGCUGCCUCCAAUUUAAGAAACUUCUAUGCUGUCUGUUUUAAUGGCGAAGGAGAGAAGUCGAAACUUUUAGCAGAUUUCUAUAAUAUAGGCUUUAAGCCAGUCGACCUUUGCAGUUUAUUGAGCGGUACAGCAAAUUGCCUACAGAAGCUGCACGACUUUUGUUUCGGAGAAUCAAAUAAGUAUCUAAAUGAUUUCCUGAAUGACACAGAUGGUUUCACGAUAGGUAAUUUGUGCAACAUUUUACAUGGAGCGGAAGAUAAUGCCAUUUCAGCUUUGAAGGAUUUUCACGAUGCUUGUUAUGACAACGAUGGGAACAGAACCAUUUAUUUAGAUGAUUUCUAUAAUGUACAUUUCAACUCCAGUGACUUAGCUGGUAUAUUGUCUAUGACAGGCAAAAAUGCCGCUUCAAUUCUAAUAAGAUUCCAUGAAACUUGCUUUAAUGGUAAAAAUUAUCUAAUCCACUUCUUAGCUAAAGAGAAGGUUUUUAAACCAAAAGAUUUAUCUAAAAUAUUGUACGGAGCAGGAACAAAUGUUUGUCAUAUCUUUGAAAAAUUGCAUGGUCUUUGUUUUGAUCAAGUUGGGCAUAAAAGCAAUUAUUUAAGCGGCCUUUUAAAGGAUUAUGAAUCAAAUGAAAUAAUUAAUACACUAUACCAAAAACUUCGAAAAUCUUCAUUAGGCUGUGAAGAUUAAGGCAAGUAUAAAAAUAUAGUAAUAAAUGAA